GCGAGCUGGUAUUACUGAUGUGUAGAGUAUAAACUCUUUGGUCAGUGACUUUUUGAAAUCAAAAUAGAUUUUUUUUUAUAUGGGGACUCAGUCAACCAAAAUUGUCCGUUCUACAGCGAUGGCGAAUUCACCAGAAAUUCAAUUAUUUAUUAAAGAUGCCAUUUCUAAAGAUAAAGUGGUUGUGUUCUCUAAGAGCUACUGCCCUUACUGCAAAAUGGCUAAAGAUGUGUUCUCAAAAGUGAAGCAACCAAUAAAGGUUUAUGAGUUAAACGAGCGUGAUGAUGGCGACGCUAUUCAAGACAAUUUGGCUCAAAUAACAGGAUUUAGAACUGUGCCACAAGUAUUUAUAAAUGGUAACUGCGUUGGAGGUGGUUCCGAUGUCAAAGCCUUAUAUUCAUCUGGAAAGCUUGAACCUAUGCUUAUUGGUUAAUCAUGAAUAAAAAAUAUUUUUCUAAUCACAAACUUUUUAGAAAAUAUAUUAUUUAUUAAGGCUUAACAUUUAAUGUUGAUUACAAGUACAAGUAUGUUAUCCCUCAUGUAAUUUCCGUAGGUAUUUAGGCACCACAAGGACAUGUACUUAAAAGUACACUGCUGUAUUGUAACUACGAUUUUUGUUACCAUAAAUAGUCAUAAGGAGAUUAAGUUAUUCCCAAUAAAAACAAGGACAUAUUUUAUUUUUUAAAUUGAAUUAUAUAUUUAUUAUUA